GGCAGCAGAAGGAGAAAAGCAGAGUGCGCAUGCGCGGCGGCUCUGUGAGGAAGGAUGGCGUAGGAGGAGGAAGAGUCGGUGCCGACUGACGAUGAUUCAGAACCACAAAGCCUCAGCAACACGAUGGCAGAAGAGGGCGCUAUGCUCCUGCGUAAAAUGGAGAUUUGUGUCACUGAGGCUGAGAAAAGAAGCGGUAAAAAAUACGGUAACAUGCAGGAGACGUUCACGGUGUACCUCGUUGAAACGCGGCCAAUGGAUGCUGUUGUUGAAGGUCGGAGCCCCGCUCCUGAUUCUUUGUGGAGGAGAUACAGUGAAUUCGAGCUCCUGAGGAGCUAUCUGGUAGUUACUUAUCCAUACGUGGUGGUUCCUCCUUUACCUGAGAAGAGGGCAGAGUUUGUGUGGCACAAGCUGUCAGCGGACAACAUGGACCCGGACUUUGUGGAGCGCCGCAGAGUGGGGCUGGAGAACUUCCUGCUUCGUGUGGCCUCACACCCUGUCCUUAGCAGUGACAAGAUCCUCUACCACUUUCUCACAGAGGAUCACGGCUGGAAAGAAGCCGUUAAUGAGACGGGCUUUCAAGCGAAGGUCGAUUCCCGCCUGAGAGCUCUGAGUGCGACCUUCAGAGUAAAGAAUCCAGAUCGACGCUUCAUGGAGAUGAAGCACUACAGCGAUGAACUCCAGUCUCACAUCUCUCAGCUGCUUCGAGCGCGAGCAAGGGUCGCAGAUCGACUUUAUGCCAUUUACAAAGUCCACGGGAACUACGGAAGAGUUUUCAGCGAGUGGAGCGCCAUUGAGAAAGAGAUGGGAGAUGGACUGCAGAGUGCCGGCCACCACAUGGACGCAUACGCAGCAUCAAUAGAUGACAUCUUGGAAGAAGAAGAACACUUUGCCGACCAUCUGAAAGAAUAUCUUUUCUACGCUGAAGCUCUUCGAGCUGUGUGCAGGAAACACGACCUGACCCAGUUUGAGCUUGAGAUGGCCUCUCAGGACUUGCUCUCCAAGAAACACCAGCGUGAGGAUCUGGCUACAGGGAUCGUGCGGACGUUCUCUUUCAAAGGCGUGACCAACAAGCUUUUUGGUCAAGAGGCACCUGAGCAAAGGGAGGCCCGGCUGAAGCUGCUGGAGGAGCUCAUCGUGGAGGGCGAGGAGGUCGUGAAGGACAAAACAGCGGAGUGCAAAGAGCAUGUUGAAAAGGCGUGGGUGGACAUGCAGCACUUCAAAGAGCAGAAAGACAAAGAUCUGAGAGAAACGCUCAUCAACUACGCUGUCAUGCAAAUCAACAUGUGCAAAAAGGGAAUCCAAGUGUGGGCCAACGCCAAAGAAUGUUUCCAGAAGAUGUGACGUUUGCGCCUUCACGUUCAGGCUGCACUUUCUGGAAAGAAGUUGAAAAGUAACAGAAACUGUCGAUGUUAAAAUCAGCUUUAAUGUUAUUUAUUGUGUUUAUUAAAUGCCGUCAUGUGA